AAUUUAAAACCGGAACAAACAGAUGAGGAAAGUCGAUCUGCAGCUGAGUAUUUUUAUGUGAAUGUGAGGACAGAGUGUGUGUUAAAUAAGAUUUAUAAAGGGAACGCCAACUGUGGGUUUAUCUGGACCACAGCUGGACACCAAACGAACUUCAAGAUGAUACCUCACCAUUAGCUAAACAAACAUAUUUUUUAUUUUGCUUUUACCCAACGCGUCCUUAUUUAUGCAGAGGGAAUUAUUUUAGGGACUUUUAAUACAUCUAAGUUUCAAUGGCGGGGCCAUCUUUUGCUAGAACCAGGAGGAGAGUCAGCGGGGUGGCCGGGCUCAUGUGGCCGCUGCUCGGUGCGUGUCUCUGGGCUGCGGUGGUCGGGUACAAGCCGGUGAUCAUCGUCCACGGAUUGUUCGACAGUUCAGACGAUUUUAAAAAUUUAAAGCGGUUCAUUAAUGAGUCUCAUCCUGGGACCAAUGUGACGGUCAUCGACCUUUUCGACAGAGGAGCCAGCUUGGAGCCCAUGUGGAAGCAGGUGGAUGGAUUCAAGGCAGCCAUUUACCCAAUAAUGCAAAACGCUGCAGAUGGAGUUCAUUUCAUCUGUUACUCUCAAGGUGGACUUGUUUGCAGAGGGAUCCUCUCCGUUCUGCCCGACCACAACGUUCACUCGUUCAUCUCUCUGUCUGCGCCUCAGGCUGGGCAAUAUGGAGAUACAGACUACCUGAAGUAUCUCUUCCCUCAGUUUGUGAAGUCAAACCUCUUCCACCUCUGUUACACGGCGUUCGGUCAGAGGAUCUCCAUCUGCAACUACUGGAACGACCCCCAUCACAGAGACCUGUAUGUGAACACCAGCGACUACCUGGCUUUGAUUAACAGCGAGAGACCAAACCCAAAUUCAACAGCAUGGAAGGAGAACUUCCUGAAGAUCCAGAAGCUGGUUCUGAUUGGAGGCCCGGAUGACGGCGUCAUCACCCCCUGGCAGUCCAGUCAGUUUGGAUUUUAUGACGACAACGAGACGGUCAUCGAGAUCCAGCACCAGGAUCUGUAUCUGAGAGACGUUUUUGGCCUGAAGACGCUGGCGGCCCGCGGCGACCUGUUCUUCUGCACGUUUCCGGGCGUCGAGCACGUCUGGUGGCAUUCGAAUGAGACAGUGUUCCACUCAUGCAUCGAGAAGUGGCUGGUGUAGCCACACACACACUCACACACACAGCGAUAUUCUGCUGUUUAUUAAGCUCAUAUCAUGUUACAAUCCAGGAAUCUCUGAUGACUGACCGUUUGAGUCAGAUAUCAAACAGCAAUUGCAGGAUUUAUGUCUUCUUUCUCAGUAAGGUUUUGCUUUGGCAAAUGAGAAAUCUUUAUUUAUGCUCAUAUUUAAAGAAGUUGUAAAUGUAUUUGUUUGCUCUCCUAGUAAGGCUCCAGUGAUGAGAAGAGAACUUUGUUUUAAAGAUACUGCAAGUAACUUUUUACCUCCCUUUAAAACAAAGUGCAACAAAAGCACCCAAAUUUUACAUGUAAAAUUCAAAAAUUAUUGUUUUUUUCUGACAUUUUAUUGUUUUCUGUUGAACUCAAAAAGUUGUAAACCCACAUAAAAUGGAUUUAAAUUAUUGGUAAGAGCAGGGAUGAGCAGAAAAAUGAUCCAGAACUGAAAGAGUUAAUCACUUCUCAGAGUAAAUGCUAUUACUGAGUUAAGAAAACUAAAAAUUCAACCUGCAGGCAUUUUAAAGAAAACCAUUUUCUAAAAUAUAUCAAAGCGUCUCUUCAGUAUCUUCAGGCUGGAAAAGAGACUGAAUGCAGUUCAGCGAAGUUGGUUUGUUUUAAAUUUUUAACAUUUUGUCAUAAAAAAUGCUCGAUUUGCAAAAUAUUUUGAAUUUGUUUUAUUUUGGUUCUUAAAUUGGAAUCAGGUUUUGUUGGCUGCUUAAAAAUUUACUUGAGUAGAGAUACACCAGUCACAAUGUUGUGUCUAAUAACCAUUUUCUUAAGGUUUUUAUUGACUUCCUUCAGGCUUCCCACUACUAAUAUAACUAAUUUUCAUUUUUAUACCUCCAGUGGCUUUGCUAGAGAUGAUACUUAUAACACUAACCCCAUAAUAUUAAACUUUUUUUUAAGUGAUAACUUUGAAAUGUAUUGUCACAGUUGAACAAAACCCAUAAGUUUAUGUGCUAAAGUUUUUUCUUUUUUUAGUUAAAUCAUUUAAAGUGAUUUGAUGUCUCAAAAAAUAGCAAGAUUGAGAUUUAUGAAAAAAAGUAAACCAUGAAGUUCAUGCAUGGUUUUGAUAUGCAUUAUGAAAUUAUUGUUGCUUUAGUUAUGAAAUGGGUUUCCCCUUGUAAAUCUAUAAAAUUUAUUCUAAAAUUCAGAACAACACUGGAAAUUUAAGGGAUUGUGAAACUAAAUUGAACUAUAAGGGACUAUUCCAGCUAUGUAUCUGGUCAUUUCUACAGAUUAAACUCUGAUUGUUAAAAAAUAUCAAAUAUAAUACGACAAUGGGGUUGUUUUUCAAUCUGCACAAACAAACAGUUCCUGCAAAGCACAUAACUCCAUUAGUUGCACCUGUUAAGUGUAAUUUAUGAGUGGAGUUACAGAUAAAACCACUCAGCAGAUUCUGGCUGAACAAAAGGCUGAAUUGUGGGAGGGGUUGAUAAAUUUCCACCACAAGUUAUGAAUUUGUGUUUAUACAUCCUGUGCAGUCUGCCUUUAAAAGAUUACAAGCUUUACAGCUGAUGUUUGCACCUUUUUUAGUUUGUGUUGACCCUUUGCAACUACGUCACUAUUCGAGGCGCCAUGAUGGACAUCGGAAGUGAGGGGACGGGAGUGUUGAACACAGCGACUGAAGUUCUUUUCCAAAGUUGUUUUGUUUUAUUCGCGUUUUCUACUUGUUCGUGUCGAGCUAAUUUGUCUGUGAACGUAACACACCUAGUUGAGGCUCAAAAACGGCGGUUUACAAAAGUUAGAAACAACUAGCUUACCUCCUUCCUCCUGGCGUGUUUAUAAAAUUAUCAACUUAGGCUGAAUUCACACCACAUGAUUUAUGCCAUGAUUUAUGUCGCUGUGUCGUAAGAUGCGUUUCCCCUUGAAACGGACAUACAAAACGUAUAAAAGACGAGAUGCUAAUAAGUUUUUUUUUUCAUACAUGCUAGGAUACAUGACGGUGCGGCACUGUCUCCAUGGUUACCAACGGUUAGACGCUUAGCUUCGCCAUAAUGCGAUAUUUGAUAUCUUUCUAAUCAUAUUUACUUAGAAAGUGAAUGAACGUUAAUCUUCUUACCUUGUGAAAAAAGUGUCGAUACAAAUCCGCGGCUACACCAAGAGAUGCCAGUCAUUAUUAUUAGCAGCUGUUAAUCAUAACGAGAACCGCUAUCCAUCGGCGCCAUAUCUUUCCUCGUUAAAAGUUAUGACAAGUUGAUGCAGCAGCCUAUUACCAUUUUAAAAUGAAAUCAACUAGACAAAAGUAAUAUUAGGCUACAGAUGUCUGUUUUUAGACUAACUUUAAAUGAGCUCAUUGGUUGUUUUUUGAUGUCCGUCAUGACGGAGUUCUGGAGAGCGUGACGUCACAUGUAAAGGGUCAAUAGCCAUUUUAUUGUUGCGUAUAGUAAUGUGUUAUAUUAGCGUAUCUCAAAGACACCAUGCAAACCCGACCGUGCCUGAACGACCUGCUGUCAGCUUGGCAGAUGAUUACUGCCCUGCUCAUCUAGUGCAGACAUUUAUAUAAUUUUAACCAGAUCCAGACCUUUAUUAACCUUUUAUUAUCAUUGUGCAUGAAAGAUCUGAUCACCAGUAUCAGGGUUUUUCCUCAGAUUCAUGCAGUACUCUAGACGUGUUCUCUUUCUGCUUUAGUGGAUUAAGCCUUAAAUGUUUUUUUCCUUACAUGCCUCAGUGUUUCAUGUCCAAAGUGCUUUGACACACUGCCUUCAGUGAUGGUGCUAAAAAUAAAUAAAUUACAUUAUAUAGGUAUAAGUGUAAAGUGGCCAGUCAGGUAGUGAUGAGUUACCGAUCCACCAAAAGCUUACAGUUCUGGUCAGACAUCUACAAUCUUCUCCUCAUGCAAGUGCAAACGUUUAUCUGAACAAGAUGCAAUGGAAACAACACAUUAAAAAAAACAAAUGGAUGCACAAAUUUAGGCAAGUUACAGAUGAACUGACUUCAAUAUGCUUCUAAAAUAGCUUCCUGUUGGUUAUUUGUCUGUUCUCUUUGACAGAAUUGGUAGAAUCAAUUUAGACUGUUUUUUUGGGGACAAUGGUGUAUAGAAAAUGGAUGGAUGGAUGGACUUUGAAUGGUGAGGCUGGUGUUUCAGGAAAUGUCAAAUCAACAAAUUUAAAUGAGCUCCUUGAAAAGAGUUCAAAAGUAGAGGUUCAGUUAGCUAAAGGACAUCCAUUAAUCCAAUUUCUGGAGAUAAAUUUAUAUAUUUGAGCCUUUAUAACUUUGAUCCUGUGUAAAUUGCAGAAAAUCUGCAAUAAAUCCAAUAUUGUGCAUCUUGUUUCUAACAAACAAGAUUGAAACAUUGAAACUUUUAGCACCAAUCCACCCAGACAAAGUCAUUCAAGUAAACCAUUAAAGCCUAAAAUGACGCAUUAAUGUCCAUGACAAGUGAUUAGUGCAUAACUGUCUGAUCAGAACUGUAUUAUGUGGUAUUUGUUACCCUCCAUCACAUUUAGAUGGCUCCGGCAUUUCACUGGUUUUCAUAUUUAAUAGAAAAGGGAUACACUUUUUUUCCCUAGUCUGGUUAGAUUUUUAUGUUUGCUGAUUCUGAAACAUGUUUUAUUCAUGUGUAUUUAUCAAAAGAAGGGAAACAGAAAUGUGUUUGUUAAUGUGUGUAGACAGGAAGUGAAUUAUCAAAGCAUGGAUUGCACAUGGAGCGAGAAGGGAACUCAAUGAACAAGGGUUGCUUUCAAAUGUGUUUUAGCUGCUUAAAUUUUUUUGUUAUUUUUUUUGUGUGUGUCAUUUAUUACAAGAAACCCAUAACUAACGAGUUUGAAGGACACCCUCUGUGUUAAUUUGUUCUGCUUUUACAACCAGUUACUGUAAAUAAGGAACCUUUUUAAAACUAGAAUGACUAUUUUGGAAGUUUCUACAGUGUUGUCCUGCAAAUAAAAAGAAACUAAAAGCUGA